AUGAGCGUGUCUCCACCCAAAUCUUAGUCACUUUCAGCUGAUAGAAGAAAAACUUCGCUGUUUAUGUACCCUUUCCCUAAGCCUCCAAGUGUUUCUCAUUUACCACUCUUUAAUAUGACAAUAAACAAAGAAAAUGUUCAACCUAAAAAACAAAGUUGGAAUACGUUUUAAUAAUCAAAAUAAGCAACAACAGUGUCAUAGAAGAAGAGACCAUACCAUUUUUUAGAGUUGGAGUCUUAGUAGGACCCAAAAGUAAAAUAUAAAUUUCCAAUCUUUACUGAUAAUCAGCUUGGCAUAAAACUAGAAUAUUAACAAUUACUCUAAGAAACAUACGACAAUGAUGACGAUAUUAAUACUAGAGAAAGUGUUAUGCAAUAUUUUAUUGAAGUGUGCAAGUAGGAUUUAAUUUAGGGGAUGAAAGAAAACUCAACAAUAAAAGACAAAGAAGGGAGAAAUCCCAUUAAAAACUUUGCAGGAUUGCAAAAUAGACUGAAAGAAUAAUAUACUUAGGUAGAAACUGAUGCCGUAUGA